UAAAAAAAAUUUGUUUCAAAAAGUGUUGGAAAAAUGUGAACAGUUAAAUAAAAAUUAUAAUAAAAAUUAUGCUAACUUAUAAGAAAAUUAAAAAUUUUAAUUAUAUUCAAGCUAAAAGUAUGUCAUGAUGUGUGUCCUUAAAGCCGUCGGCUAAGAAAACCAAAAAAUUAUUAAAUUUAGAGCAAAAUAUAUUUGAAUGAAUAUGAAAAUGUGAAAUUCUUCAACAACAAAAAAAUAGUAAUUUCAUUUCGAUUUUCUUGCAUAUUUUAACAAUUCUGACCAUAAGUAAGAAAACUAAAAAAAAAACAUAAAAAAUUUUUACUUAUAUUCAGUUUAAAAACCCUGCCAUAUCGGUUGCAUAUUUCCUGUUUAUGUUAUGCUAUUAAAGUUUUGCGUGUCAACACCAUGUAAUUCUAGUUUCACAAAAAGUUGAAUUUUUAUUUGGUUUUUGUGUCGAUAUUUUUUGUAUUAUAUGGCAGAUUCAUAUACCUAGAGUUUUUUUGCGUGUGUUGUAUGUUUUUUACAUAAAUUAUAAAAAAAUUACAUAAAAAGCAAUUGCAUGCAACAUUUUUGAACAACUAUAAACAAAGCCCUAAAAUAACAUAAAAACGCAUACAUACAAAAUCUUACUGCUAUAAUAAACAACAGCACUACAAGAACUUGUCGGUCAACAGGAAGUUAAACAUGAAGAAGAAUUUGAAAAAAAAUGGAAGAAAAACAAGCUAAAUGAAAUAAACCAAAUAAAUAUGCAAUAUAGCAUGACACAAAUAACAGCAAAUAACUAAUAAUACAAACAAACUAAAUAUUUAACAAAUGUAUAAAGCAGCGAAUAAAAACACAAACAUAAAAAUAAUAAAAAGUGAAAAAUAAUAGAAAAAUAUAAAUGAAUGAGAAAUAAAAUGUUUGUGAAACCCGUUAAAAUUUGCAAUUUCCGUUUUUGAUAAAGAAAAACUGAAAAAACGAACAAAUAUUUAUUUAAAAAAAAAAAACUAAAAACGAAAACUAUUUCAAAUGAACUAUUUCCGUUUAAUUACAAAAAAUGUAAGAAAAAAUGUGAAAUAAACAACUAGUGAUUAAAUUAUGUGUUAAAAUUGAACAAAAAUAGAAAAUUAGUUAAACUUAAAAAAAAACAUUGAUAAAUAAUAAAAAAACCUUUAAAUACUUGUUUGUGAUUUUACUAGAAAUAAGUGCCAAUAAAUUAAAAGUACAGUUGUUAAAUAAACAUCUUUCAUUUCUUAUUUCUUACCUUCCUUGUUUUAUAGUCCUUUUCAUUAAGUCUAACAAUUUUCUUUUUCUCCUACAAAAGUGCAAGCAAUUAUUUUGCAAUUAAAAUUCUUGCAGUUUUUAAGCCCUCCAAACAUUUGUUUUCAACUUUUCUACACUAACGACUUGAAUGUUAAAAGUGCUGUACACUUUGGCAAAUAAAUUUAACCCAGUGCUAUAAAUAAAUUCAAUUCCUUAGUGUUAUAAAACAAAAACAAGGAAAAUUAAACGAAAAAAAUAACAAGCAAAGUGUAAAAAAAAAGUUCAAACAAGUAAAACAAAAAAUGACCUCCUCUAACUUUUACACAAGCAGCAGCCGCAGCAGUAGCAGCUCAACAUUGGCCGCUUUAGCCUCAAUAACGGCCUCAACUUUAAAAGUUGUGGCUGCUUUAAAUAACUCGGUAACAAGGGUGGCUGCAUUGGCGGUGGCAGGAACAACAGGUGCUUUGGCUACCUAUAUGGCCGAGAGCCAACAUUCCUCCCUAUCGUCAUCAGCAUAUGCACAUCCCUAUCAUAGUAGUUAUACGGCCGGAAACAGCACCGCCAUUGCCAAUGGUAAUACCAAUAUUAAUACAAUAUUAUAUCAUAAUACCAACAGCAACAACAACAACAACAGCAUCACUGAUAAUAACAGCACCCUCGGUGUCAGCAAUUAUAAUUCUUCCAUAUCCUUCUUAGCGCCGGCACUAAAUAUGACCCAAAGACAUUUUGUAGGAAGCCUACACAAUGUCAACAGCACUCUGAUUGGAGGCAGUGGCAGCGGCUUUAGCAACAACAACAAUAAUUCACUGGUUGAUGGUUUAAUGGUCGAUCAUUUGCCUCUUCAAUUAAUUACGUCAACAGCCAGUUCAAAGGGAAACCUUGAUAUAGAAAUCGAUAUACAAUUGUUAACCAGCGAUUAUGAAGGAAGUACGGUAAGUUGGUAUUUCAAUGAUUUUACUAUAUAUAACAUCAGAUGUGAUUUAAGUUAAUUGAAAGAAAUUUUAAACAAUUUCCAAAUUUAUUCCCUGUUGUUUGUGUAACACAUGACCAGAGGAAAUCUUUAUUUAUCUCUUCACAGUUUACCACUUUUUUGUGGGCGUCGUAAAGGAAUUUCCAUUGAAAGCCAAAU